AGAUCGCGCAGCGCAGCGCGUCAGCAGCAGCGCAGCGCUCCUUGUUCCAAAGUGAUAAUGAAUACUGUCAGGGCUAUUAAAGAUGCAGUAGUCUGUCUGGUCCUCCUGCCCCGUUUCCUCAUGGCAGCCGUGAUGUUUUGGCUGCUUGACUUUUUAUGCAUAAGGAAGAGGGUUUUCUGUAGGAUGAGGGAGGGCGAGGGCGACGCCGGCGUCGACCCCCCUCUGUGCGUAUCGGACUCCAACCGGCUGUUCAGCGUGGAGUCUCUCAAAGCGGUGUGGCACGGCCAAAAACUGGACUUCCUGAAAGCGGCGCACCUCGGACACGGGGCGCCCAACACCGAAGUCGUCCAGCUGGACGAUUUGCGGCGCAGUCGAAUCCUCGAUUACGCGAAGGACAACAGACCGCUCAUCCUCAACUUUGGCAGCUGCACCUGACCGCCGUUCAUGGCGCGCCUGAAGGCUUUCCAGGGAGUUGCGCAGCAGAACGCAGACAUUGCAGACUCUGUGGUGGUGUAUAUCGAGGAAGCGCACCCGUCGGACGGCUGGAUGAGCACAGACGCGCCGUAUCAGAUCCCCAAACACCGGUGUCUGGAGGACCGGCUGAGCGCAGCGCAGCUGAUGCGCAUGGAGGUCCCCGGGUGCCUGAUUGUGGUGGACAGCAUGGAAAACUCCUCCAACGCCGCCUACGGAGCUUAUUUCGACAGACUUUACGUAUUACACGAAGGAAAGGUGGUUUAUCAAGGUGGCAGAGGACCGGAGAGGUACCGGAUCUCAGAGCUCAGAGACUGGCUGCAUCAGUACCGAGAAAGGCUGCAAAAACCCAAUAAUCUCGUCAUUAAUGUGUAGAGAACAUUCAAAGAAAUAUAGAAUUAUAGAUUCAUAUUGAUCAGUUUUGUUUAGUCAUUUAUAUGGACAGCUGAAAUAUAUUUGGACUUUGAUUGUGAACAAAUUGUAUGUCCAGUGUGCGUGAACGCGCCACAAUCAGUGUUAUUAUGAGCCGCGCGCGUCACCGCGUUCCUCAGUAUUGUUGUGAAGUUCGGUUUUUAAAUCGGUUCAAACCAGGAAACCGACACUGAUGUCUUUCAUACUGAAGUUCGAGGUGAAGCUUGUGCUCGUGUAAUUCUUUUGUUUUAAUAAAAACGUAUGGAUUUAUUUUUCAUAUAAUUAUAUUUACAUCGUGACCAGUUUAUUUUUUAUCUUUUUGUUGCUGCAUUGCUUUUUGUAUUGUAAUGUUUCCUCUUUUUUACAAUAAAAUUUUAACCAGU